AUGAUAACAAAUAAUACAGAAAAAGAAAUAAAAAAUGAAAACUACAAUAACCCUAAUUUAAGUGAUGAUAACAGUAUUGUGGAAAAGGGAGUAGUAGUAGACGAAAAAGAAAAUAAUUUAAAAAUUGCUUAUAAGGACAAAUGUCCAAUUGAUUACGAGGGGGAAAACUAUUAUUGUGAAAGUGGAGGGGAAAACUUAAGAGUGAAUAAAAAAGAGAUGGAAGUAGAUGGGGAAGGGGUAGUAGAAGAAGAAAUGGAGGUGGAAUGGAAAGGGGGAGAAAAGGAAGAACUAGAAGAUGCAAUUGAUGAAGAAAUCGAGGGAAAAGACGAAGAGAAAGGGGAUGAAGCAACGGAAGAGGAAGAAAAGGUGGAACUAGAAGAGGCAAUUGAAGAAGCCGAGGAAGAAGACGAAGGGGAGGACGAUGAACAUAGGGAGGAACCAAAUGAUAUCAAAAACGAUUAUGAUGAAAAUAGUGGAGUACACAAUAAUGGGCAGAGGUUCAAGUUGAAAAGGGUGCCUUCAGGGGAUGUACCAUCAGAAAAAACAAUAGAAAAUAAGGAUGAAUUGUUAGAGUGCAAUAAUAGCAAUAACAGUAAUGGUAAUAAUAGUAGCAACGAUAAUGGCAAUUACAAUAGCAACGAUAAUGGCAAUUACAAUGGCAACGAUAAUGGCAAUAGUUACUUGAAAGAAAAUAUAUGCAAAUUUGAAAGAGAUAUGCCCGAUGAAAGGAGUAGAAACUGCAAGAAUGAUGAUAAUAAUAUACACAAGAAAAUUUAUGAAAAUAAUGAAAAAUGUAAAAACAUGAACAUAAUGAAAAAGGGGUAUCACAAAAGAAUUAAUGAUAUUAUUAUUGAUAAAUUAGUACACAAAACUUUUAAUAAUAUAAUGAAAGAUACAUCUAAAAAAUGUUCUGUAACAGACAGUCCGAAUAUGGAAUAUAAAAAUAAAAGAAGUUUAACGGUGUAUAAUGACGAUUUAAAGAGGGAGACGAAAAAAUAUAAAACGAAAGGAUCAUUUGAAAAUUCAGACGGAUUAGCGGCGUAUAUGAUGAAAAAUAAGAAAGAAGAUGAUACAGGGAAAACUUAUGUUAAGUAUGAAAUGGAUGCUGAUGAUGGUGGUGAUGGUUAUGACGAUGGUGUUGAUCAUGAUGAUAACCAUGGUGAGGGGUAUAUUGAAUAUUCAAAAAACGACAAAUUUCUAAUUUAUUGUAAAAAUCAUUUGAAAAAAUUUGAUGAAAUGGAUAUUGAUGAAUUGAUGAAAUAUAAGAAGGAGGAAACAGUUGAAAAUAAGGGAAACUACCAUGAACAUGUAAAAAAAGAAAAGAAAUCGUAUAAUGCUAAUAAUUGUACGACUAAUUAUGAUAACUAUAUUAUGCAUCAUAAGGGAAACGAUUUUACGCAUGAGAAAAUGAAUAUUAGUUCGAUGCAAACGUUAAGCAUUGCUCGUGAUGAAGGUAAUCGAGGAAGCGGUGGUAUUAGUGGUGGUAACGGUAAUGGCAGCCAUAGUGGGAACUGGAAUGGAAUCAAUAAUAAAAACGAUACUAAUUACGGUAAUAGUACCACCAAUAACAAUCCUGUUACUAAGGAGGAGAACGUACUGGAUGCGUCCAUUCCUCAAGAGCAUAACAUUAGCUGGACAAGUAUCAAAUGUGAAAAUAUGAUAGAUGAAAUAACGUUCCCACCGAUUUAUGAAGAACGUAAGGAUGAAUGGUUUAAGGCUAAUGAAAAUGAAGACUGGCAUGUGCAUAAAUUAUGUAAAUGGUUAUACAAUGUUAAGGACAAUCUAUAUUUUAAUAUUAGCAACCAAGAAAUUUAUUUUGAAAAAAAUAGAAAAUUUUUGAAAUUUGAAAAUUCGUUUGAAGAAAAUGCAAACACUGGCUCUGAUGAAAUAGAGGCAAAUAAUUUUGUGGAAGAUCAUGACAAAAAGUAUGAGGAUUGUAAACAGUUCUAUUCCAAUGGUGAUUGUAGAAAAGAUGCUAACAUUAAUGUUAAUGUUAAGCAGGAGUUGUACAGGGGUGAGAGUGGUAAUAACGAAAGUGUAAAUGGCAGUAUGAAUAGUAGUAUGAAUGAUAGUUUUAAUAGUAGCAUGAAUGGAAGCAAUGGUGUAAGAGUUAAUGGAAGUAACAGUGGUGGUAAUAGUAGUAGUGAGCAUUGUAAUGGUAAGAGCGUAGAGAACAACAGUCGAAGCAGUAAGAACAACAUUAGCAAACGGGGAACAAGUAAAGAUAAAAAUAUGUAUGACAAGAAUUAUGUAGAAAAAAGGGAUACAAUGAAUGAAAGCUUUUCAAAUGAUAUGGAAACCGUAGAACAGAACGAUGAAACUGUUGAAGAAUUCAGUAUGGUAUUAGAAGAUGAUUUAGUAUGUGGAACUUUUAGUAAAAUAGGUAAUCAUAAUAGAGGAGAAAAUGAAGAUUUUUAUAUAACAAAAGAUAUAUUAGACUUAAACCAUGUUUCUGAGAGUGAUGGGUUAUGUUUCUUUAGUGGUGUAUUUGAUGGGCAUGGUGGAUCUAAUUGUGCAAGAUAUGUGAUGACACAUUUAAAAACAAAUUUGAUUGCAAAAUUUAGACAGUCGUUUUUAAUAACAUGUAAAAAACAAUUUAAAGAAAAAAGUUCAAGAUUAAAUGAUUUAAGUGUUGAAAUAAGAGCACUGUAUGAUAGUUGUAUAAAAGGGUUUGAUAUGACUGAUAAGAAUUAUAUUGAAAUUUCGAAAAAAUAUGAUUAUAAGGAUGGUUCAACUGCUUGUGUUGUACUAAUAUAUGGUCCAGAUGAUGAUGGAUCUUUAAAAGUUUUAUGUGCAAAUUGUGGAGAUUCAGGGGCUUUAAUUUGUCAUAAUAAAAAACCAAUUAAAUUGUCCUUACGCCAUAAACCUGAUUUACAAGAAGAAAGAAUGAGGAUAUUAAAAUGCGGAGGAAUAAUAGCAAAUAUUAAUGGUAUAAAUAGAAUUAUUACUAAACAUAAAGAUAAAAAUAAUAAAAGUAAAGAGAAGACAUUUUUAGCUUUAUCAACAUCCAGAUCAUUUGGGGAUAUAUCAUACAAAGUACCCAGGAAAAUUGUUCUAUGUAAACCGUUUAUUAGUGUUUAUACAAUAGAUUUUGAUAUGGACUCUUUUCUUGUUCUAGCUACUGAUGGAAUAUUAAAUGUAUUAAGUGACAAGGAAAUUAUUGAUAUUGUUUGGAAAAAUAUACAUAAAAAACCUGAAGAGGCAGCAGAAGAAGUGGUCAAAGAAGCAACGAGAAGGGGAUCCACGGACGACAAAACCUGCACAGUCAUCUUUUUUUAUUGGAGAAAGGAUAUUUUUAGCAAUUUACUCGAAAAUGCUAGCUUGGAGCAUAUCGCGCACGAGGAUUCCAAGGGGGAGGACAUUAACAUGUUUUCAGAAAUAUUCUGA